AUGGCGUACAACGACGAUGCUGUGCUGGCGAAGCUGUCAGCCUUAAAUGAGAGCCAUGACAGCAUUGCGACUGCGGCACAAUGGAUCAUGUUCCACAAACGGCAUGCAGAUCGCACAGUGCAGCUCUGGUUGCAACGCCUUCGCGAUUCAUCAAGUACCAAGAGGCUGAGUCUGAUUUACCUUGCAAACGAGGUUACCCAACAGUCAAAGGCUCGGCACAAGGAGGAUUUUCUCAUCGCUUUCUCUCCAGUCAUCGCCGAGGCGACGUCAUUGGCCUACAAGGGAGCACCGGCUGAGAUUCAAAACAAGCUCCGGAGAGUCAUCGAUGUAUGGAAAGACCGCUUCAUCUUCGAGCCGUCUGUGCAACAGGCCAUCGAAGCGCGCGUUGAUGAACUUGACAAGGCCCGUGGAACUGCAAAGACAACAUUCAACAGCCCCGGCUUAGGCGGUUUGUCUAUACCCCCUGAGCUCACUCCGCUCGUCGCCUCGUACCAGGACGUCUCAAAGCUCAACCUGCCCACUAAGACGGCCAUCAGCACAGCCAAUCAGGACUUCGAUAAGAUCACAGACCCCUCGAUACCUGUGCCGUCCGCCCCCGUCUACGCUGCACGCCUCAACGGGCUACUGAAAAGCCUGGCCAGUGCCGAGGGGGCUGUUGCAGAAUGUGUCAAGGCCCGAAAAGGACUCAUUGGCGAACUUGAGAAACUUCUCGGUGUAACCCAGGAGGCGCUGGCGAAUGACGAGAGACAGUACAGCGAAUUGACCUCGCGCAAAGCGGAGACUGAGGAGAAGAGACGCGAGAUCGAGCAAGCCAUCAUGCGCGGUCUGCCCGUCCAUGAGGCUUCUCGAUCCCCUGGCAACGGAGCAUCCAAGACACCAGAGCCGGAGAGACCAGAGGUGGAGGCACUCACUCCCCCGCCUAUCGAGGCUUUCACGCCUCCUUCUGUGGAGGCAUUGACCCCCCCACCUGUCCUUGAUGAGCCAGCCGCCCCUCGCCAUGCAGAUACAGACCGCGGACGCUCAGCUUCAAACUCGGGUUUCCAGCCUCCCGCCGCAUCUGGCAUUGAAAUGCUGUCCGCCCUUGCCUCUCAGUACCAGUCGAUCCCUGUCUCUGCCAACGGUGCGAACAAGAGGCGCCGGCUUGACGGAGAGGACUUUCCGGACCUUGGAGGCGAUGAUGGGAUUGAUGCUGACGUGGCCGAGAUGCUGCGCAAGGAGAGCAACGGCAGCGCUUGA